CGGCGUUGUUCUUCUUCCUUGUCCAACGCUCUGAGACGGACUAUAAUAUUUCAUCCUCGAGAUGCUGCAGUGAUUUUUAGUCCCAGGAAAUCAGGCGAACAAAAUAAUCUGAAUAACCCGAACCAUUUGUUACCGCGUAAGAGCAAACGCUGCCUAGGCACAGAUGAUGGCAAAAAAUUCCCUGGAAGGGUCUAAAGAAGACCUGAGCAAAAUUUCGGAAGAGGAGAUGCUGAGGUGGAGCAAAGAAGAGCUGGUGAAAAGACUGAGGAAAGUGGAGAAUGAAAAGAUGAACUUAAUGGUGGAACACGGCAACUUAAUGAAGGACGUGAACCGGCGGCUGCAGCUCCACCUGCACGAGAUCCGCGGUCUGAAGGAGGUGAACCAGAAGUUGCAGGACGACAACCAGGAGCUGAGGGAGCUCUGCUGCUUCUUAGAUGACGACCGACAGAAAGGCAAGAAGCUGUCGAGGGAAUGGCAGCGCUUCGGGAGGCACACGGCCAGCGUGAUGUGGAAGGAGGUGGGCAUGUACCAGCAGAAGCUGAAGGACCUGGAGGCAAGGCAGGAGACUCUCCUGCGGGAGAACGUGGAACUGAAGGAGAUGGUGCUCAUGCUGGACGAGGAACGGAGCGGUGCCGGCUCACGGAGCUCUAUCGACAGCCAGGCCAGCCUGACCAACCUCAACGGCGGCUCGGCCACCAGGGACGUGGGGGACGGGAGCAGCACCUCCAGCACGGGCAGCGCGGGCAGCCCCGACCAUCAUCAUCAUCACCUCCACCACCACAAGGCCAGUGACAGCAAGGCCGGGGCCAUGCGGAGAUCUAUGGAUGACUUGUCUGCACCCCUUCACCACCGGAGCAUCCCCAACGGCCUCAACGAUUCAUCUUCCAACUAUAUCAGGCAACUUGAAACAAAAGUGAAGCUGCUGGAGGAUGACAACAAACUUCUUUCCCAGCAGUCCAGCACGGGGGACCUGAGGACUUUGAGGAAAGGAUUGUCCCCGUACCACUCUGAGUCACAGCUCUCAUCACUGCCACAGUAUCAAGAUGCCCUGCAGAAUGGACCAGCUCGCAUGACAUCUGAUCUUGCAUCUUCUCCUGCAGCAGGGUAUGUCCCAGUUGGUCAAAAACCAGAGGCUGUUGUGCAUGCUAUGAAGGUCCUCGAGGUCCAUGAAAAUUUGGACAGGCAAAUGCAAGACAACUAUGAGGAAGACCUGAGUGAAAAGGAGAAGGCAAUUGUUCGUGAAAUGUGCAAUGUUGUCUGGCGAAAGCUAGGUGAUGCUGCGAGCUCCAAACCCUCCAUCAGGCAACAUCUUUCAGGAAACCAAUUCAAAGGUCCCUUGUAGGAACACCAUCCUGAAGGCUGGAAGUGAUUGAUUCUGUGAAGACUAAAGAGGCAGAGCUCAGUGUUUCUCAUUGCCUGUUCUUUGGGAGGUGGGGGUUAAGUUUUUUUUUCAGGGUUUCUUCCUUUUUUUUUUGAUUAACAAUAGUGUAAAUAUGGCAGCUAAAGGCCUGAAUUCCAGGCUGUGGUGCUCUGGAACUACUGUUCAAUGGGUAACCAUCCAAUAAUGCCAGACUUGCAUCAUUUGUAUUGUAGUUCAGACCUGCUUUGUUGUAAUAGUCUGUUUGUAGAAUUAACUAACUUGAGAGAAUUUCUAAGAGGAACAAGAAGAACCCUUAAACUGCGGAGAAGUCACAGUUUGUAUUGCUCUGGUCCACCCAUUUGUUAGUGAUUCAUAGCUGGGUUAGUGGCUCAGGGCAGCAUCUUCCAAUGAAAGCAAUUUCAGUUCGUUGGCUUACUGCCUGCCAAGUUCCUGAGCUGCUAACACCUUUUUUAGAGGUCCUUAAUUCAAAGAAUGACAGCCAACUGUUUUCACGAGGCACUGUGUUCGAUUCAGAGUGGUGGGCUAAGAACACUGGUACCACUCUGUACAUUGUACAGUGGUACUCAUCACACACGAGGUGCCACCUGUUACCGAACUGGUUUUCCCUGAAUGACACAAGAUAUCUGCAGCCACAACGUGAAUGAAGUCACUUAGCCACAUACCAAUAUUCCCCUCAAAUACAGCAGCAUGUCUCCUGUAAAACAGCAACUGCCAUCCUAACAGUGCUCGCACAGGAUCUUCAAGAGCUUGUCAUCUUUCACAUAAGGAAGAUUUGGUUUUGUUUUAUUUUUAAAGUUCUUGCUGGAUCUCUCACCUACACGUGUUCCUCUGUAAGGUAACCAAACAACAUCCUUGCAGAGCUGAAUAAAAACUCCAUGAACGUGGGCUGUUGGGUGAGACUACUUCCUGCCAUUCAAGCUUUAUUUUUGUUAAUGAACCAAAACAAGUGGUAUUUUCCUUCUUUUAGUGACUAUAUAUAAAACAAUGGGACUUAGAUUUUACUAUUGUGAAGUAGCUGCUUCCAUAGUUGUAAGAAAUUGACCUGACCCCCCCUUCCAAGUUGUCACAGCAGCUCUCCCUGUAUUUUAUUAGAUUUCCUUUCCCAAUAAUCCAAGGAAGUGGAGCUUAGUUAUUGAAAACAUUGGUGUAAAAUAAUUUUAAAGGCAGG